AACAGUGAAGCAGAUUGGAGGGAGGAAGUGAAAACAACUGACUUUCGUUUCCUUCGUGAAACAUAUUUAUACCUGCAAGUUAUACGUCGGAAAGGGGAAGUAAAUAUAGAGAGCAGGAGUGACAGAGGUGGGCUGAGAGUUUCUGUCUCACAGGUGGACGACUAGUCCAGUCUGGUGUCCACGAGGAGCAACGCGCGAGAAACAUGAUGGAGGCAGAUGAUGAUGAAUUGUUGCUCACAGAUGCAGAACAGCCAGCUGCACCCCCUAAUGGGGGCCUGAAUGAACUGCUGAAUGUGGGGCAGGAUGCUGACAUGCAGGGCCAGGUAGAAGAGUUUCUGGCAGCCCCCCAGGCAGAGUACAAUGAAGAGGAAGAGGAGAGGAAAUACUACAGGAGGAAGAGACUGGGAGUGAUUAAAAAUGUUCUUGCAGCUAGUUUUGGAGCCAUGAUUGUGUACAGUGUGUACAUUGGCCUCCUACAGAUGCAGCUGAUCCUUCAUUAUGAUAUGACUUACCGGGAGGUGAAGUACAGCAAUCUUGGGUUGGAGGACAUCGAUCGCAAGAUGCUUAUGGGCAUCAACGUCACACCCAUCAUAGGCCUGCUAUAUACCCCCAUACUUAUCAGGUUUCUGGGUACAAAGUGGAUGAUGUUCCUCGCUUCAGGAAUCUACGCACUCUUCGUCUCAACCAAUUACUGGGAGCGUUACUAUACAUUGGUUCCAUCAGCUGUAGCUAUUGGUGUGGCCAUUGUGCCCUUCUGGGCAUCCUUGGGGAAUUAUAUCACAAGGAUGGCCCAGCAAUACUACGAAUAUGUCAACUACAGGGACGAGCACGUUCAGGAGCAGAGGAAGCUUCCUAAGGGAGUUUGCCACAGCUACAUCAUCAUCUUCCAUUCCAUCUUCAACAUCAUCUUCCAUCUGAGUUUCGUCUUUGCGGAGUUCCCCAUGGUUUUUGUCCUGAACAGAUAUUUGCAGGAGGAUGACCACAUUCUCUCCCAGGUCACUACCUGCGGAGCAAAUAUCAGCGGAGUGAUCCCCGGCUUCAACACCACCGUGCUGAAAAACCUGCCUAGCUCCAUGUUGCUUAUCAAGGUGGAGAGUGUGCUUAUGGGCUUUGCCUUCCUGGCAAUGAUCAUCUUCCUUUUGCUGUGCAGUGCUGCGUACCGGCCAACAGAAGAGAUUGAUCUCCGCAGUAUUGGCUGGGGAAACAUCUUCCAGCUCCCUUUCAAACACCUGAGAGACUAUCGGCUGAGACUGCUCUUCCCCUUUUUUGUCUACAGUGGAUUUGAAGUGCUGUUCGCUAUAACCGGAUUCUCCUUGUCAUAUGGAGUGUGCGCUUUGGGCCUGAAAAAACUGUGGCUACUCGUACUCGUCUACGGCCUCUCCUGCUCCAUAUUCUCCUCCCUCUCCCUUUGCCUCCUCCGUCUGCCGCGCUGGGUAUGCCUGGUGGGGGGCGCUGCAGUACAUGGAGUCCUGCUGGUGGUUCUGAUGGCGUUUUCUCUGAAACCGAACGAAUCAAGUUAUCAAGGCCCACUGCUGGUGAUCUCUGUGCUGUGGGGACUAGGCACUGCCCUGAACAAGACAGGUGUCAACACCCUGGUUGGUAUGCUGUACGCUGAGGAAAAAGAACGCCUGGACGUUGUCUACACCAUCUAUCACUGGUGGCAGGCCAUCGCCAUAUUCAUAGUCUACCUCUGGUCCAACCUGCCGAUGAGGGCAAAGCUCUCCAUCCUGCUGGCUACUUUACUGCUGGCCUGUUAUUGUUACUGGGUGAUGGAGCGGCGGCUGGCUAGAAAAGAGCCUUACAGACUGCCUCGUAUUCCUCGCCCACGACACAAGGUCAAAGGCUAUCGCUACCUAGAAGAGGACAACUCGGACGAGUCAGACUCUGAGAACAGUGAAGAGGAAGACAAAGAUGAAGAACACAUGGGGCAUCUGGCGGAUGAGAUGGGAGCAGAAGAGAGGGAGGAAGGAGGAGAAGAAGUGGGGCUCCUGGGGUCUGACUCACCAAGAGCCAGAAGGAGAGUGGUCGGGGGUCAACGCCCCAGAGGGGAAAAUGCCAGUGUGAAGGAGGGAGAGGGAGAGGAGCGUCAGGAAGGGUAAAGGAGGAGAAAGAGGAGGUGAAUGAGGGGAGAUUGGUUGCCAGAUGACUGCUAAAAAGAAUAGAAAGAGUGAGAGAAGUGCAGAAUGGGGUUGUUCAUAAUAUAGUAUUGAUACAUUAUGAACAUGACUCCUUAAUUGUUAACAUAAGUGAGCUUUUUUUGCCUCUUUAACAAUCAUCAUAAAAGGGAUCUAGAGUAAAGGGUACAAAAACUGUAAAUAAAAGGAUACAUACAUUUUCACCAAGAGGUACGACACACACAUUGCACACAUUGGUUAGAGCAAGCCUGAAACGUGCAAUACAACAAAAAAGAUUGUUUUUCUCUUGCUGCACAGUUUGUGUCUCAGUUAUUGAAUGUGCAAUUCUUACAUGUUGUGGUUGCUUUUGUGCUCUGUCAAGAAGAGAGCAUUUUGUACAUUUUAUUAUUGAUUUUUAAAAAGGAGAACUUAUCUGACAAUAAGAACUCAAAAGAAAGAAAAUAAAUUAGAAAUUGAUUUUCUAGAUCCUCCUCAGGGUGAAUUGUUUUUUUAUGAAGUUCUUUUCAGAGUGUCUGGUGCUGCUGAAUGUGAGCAGGCUCAUUUGAUUUUCUGUCCUUGUUUACUGCAAAACCUACGCAUGUGCAUAUUUUAUCUCUGGUUUUAUUAUACCCUUAUCAAACCGGAUGGUUUCUGAUGAGAUUAAGAUAUUCUCCUGGAAAAGAUAAAGGGAGUUACGUUUUUUCAAAACAACACACAGCCACAGUAAAAGCAGAAACCCAAAAUUAAACAUCCACUCAAAAAGUACAAGAAAAACAAACACAUCUAUGUCCUGAUGCGUCUCAUGGGAGGAAUAAAGUCACAGAACUUAGAUUAUAUAUUUGAAUAUGGCUCAAUUUGCGAGAGGUAUGAGCAAUUAUGACCAAUGCUAGUGAGGUACUGGGAAACAGUGGCAACAGAGAUGCUGCUAAUUUGAAUUGCUUGAAUUGUAAACAUGCUGAAGUCAGCAUGCUAACAUGCCAACAUAAACAAUGUUAUGGUGUCUAUUUUGAAUCUAAAGUAUUUGGCAUCUCAAUGUUACAUGUUAGCAUGCUAAAAUUUGCAAAAAUGCACAAUAUGCAAACAGAGCUGAAGCUGAUAGGGUUGAUGUUACUUUUGCAGAUAUUGACUCAGAAACCAAAGGUCUGGAUGAAUAAAGAUUGAAACCCUAAUCAGAAAGAAAAUAUGGCUUGAAAGUCAGAGGAUCACUGAUGUCAUACAAUUCAUUUUGGCAGAUGAAGGUUUGUACAGAAUAUCAUGGGAAUAUAGUUGUUUUAUUCCAUUAUAUUUCACUUCAAACGACCAAUUGGGGUGACUGUGGCUUAGUGGGUAGAGUCGGUCAUCUAUCAAUCUGAAGGUUUGCUGUUCGACCAGUGUGGUGGACUGAUUUAUGUUGUCACCACACUGGUCCAUUAAAAUAAUUAUUAGUGUGUUACUUUUUAAUCAGAAAGAUGGUACUGCGAACAACAUAUCACAAAAACAAGGUCCUCACACUGCACACAUAGGUGUUGACAUACUUCAGUCCACCUUCUUCCAUGGUGUCCACAAUUAAAAUGUGUUUUAAUCAUUCAAUGUGACAUGACUUUGAAGUGCUUUGAGUGGUCUGAAGGCUAUAAAAGCAGAGGUACACCUCAUUUCCAUUCAAAUUGGCUUUUUUUUUUUACUGAGAACACCUUGAGCCGUCAUGAUAGAAAAAUUACUGCUGUAAUUAUUGAAAUCUAUUAUUUUAAAAUUCCAUGUAGCGGUUCUCUUGCUUCAAUGUGUGCUGGAUUACCGUCACACUUUCAUGGCUGACUGGGACAAUUGUACAGAACAAAGUCAUGGUGAUGCCAUUUGUCGCAGUGCUGUGAAAAGUCAAACUGUCAAUUGUGAUAGGUAUACAGGGUUUUUGAACCAUGACAAGUUCCGAGUUUUGAGACCAGGUUUUGGGUAAUUAUUAAGAGUUAUUUCAUGUUUUUUGGAAAUAACCUGGCCUCACCAAUAUUUUAAUCUUUGUUAGAUAUGAUCCAGGCUGUCAUACAUUCUACUGCUGGUUAGACUAAUGAUCACAUGUACACUUAAGUAGGUACUGUACCCUGAAAUUGCCAUUGGGUUAGUUCACAUGUUUAUUCUGUCAAAGUGAAGUUAGGACACUGUAAAAUGUUCAUAAAAACAGAUUUUGAUGGUUAAUAAAUAAUUUAAAGCUUGCAUGUGACUGAAAACAGUACAAAUACACCAGAUUAAAUGUUGAAACUGAUAAGUCGUAUUGUUUAAUGUUAUUAAUAUGAGUUGUGAUCUCCUUUUUCAUGACUUCUUUUUCGCAAAGGCCAAAUUUUUUCUAUGAGUGACAAGCCAUUGUGGUUGGCCAAACAUUUAGCUAGAGUCAUGCUAUGGUAAUAUGUGGCGGAUAUUGUUUGACAUUUCCUGGCUGAAAUAUACAAGGCAUAUAGAAAAAGAGAUAAAAAAAAAAAACAGGUGGUCCCUCUCCUCUUUAGAGCAGAGCAUGCAGUAUUCCAUGAUCACCAAAGAGAAUGUCAAACUGUGAUUUGUCAGACCACUGGACGGUUUCAUUCGUCUAUUUUAAAUGGGCUUUGGUCCUGAGAAGUUUCAAGCAUUUCCAGAUCAGGUUUAUAUAUGGUUUCCUCUUUGCAUGGUACAGUUUUAACCAGAAUUUUUGAAUGCAGCAACUAAUGUGUUUACAGAAAUAGUUUAUGAUUUGAGUCCAUGCAGUGAUUCCCACAACAGAGUCAUGUCUGGUUUUAAUACAGUGCUGCCUGAGGGCCAGAGGAACACCACCAUCCAGCAUCAACUUUGGGUGUUGUCCCUUUUAUACAGAGAUAUUUACAGAUUCUCAGAAUCUUUUUAUGAUAUUAUGAUAUGAUGAUUGAAAGUAUUGGUUGUCUGUGAAAUCACUUUGUAAACCCUUGUUUUUAAAGAUGCUAUAUAGAUAAAGUUAUUAGAAUGUACUAUAGAUGAUGAAUUCCCUGAAUUCUUAGAAAUUUUACGCUGAGGAACAUUAUUCUGAAAUUGCCAAACUAUUUCCUCACUCAGUCUUUCAUAGAGUGGUGAACCUUUUCCCAUCUUUACCUCUGAGACUCAACCUCUCUGGAGUGCCCUUAUUAUACCUAGUCAUGUUAUUAAACUGUUUCAAAUUUACCUCAUGAGUUGAGACUUCCUCUAGGCAUUUCUUUAGCAUUAAAAAACUUGCUCUGUUUUUUUGUCCAUUUCCAAAUUUUAAGAUAGUUUAAAAAUCCUAAUUUCUCAGUUUCAUCAUUUGAUUUGUUCUCUUUUCACUGUUGUCAAAUAAAUAUAGGCUUCAAAUGAUUUGCAAAUCAACAAACUCUUAUUUUAUGAAUAUUUUACACAACACCCCAACUUUUCGGAAUUGGGGUUGAAUGGUUUUUUAGAGUUCACUGAUGUGAAAGUGCCUGGAUGUUGCACUGAUCCUUACACAGUUGAUCUGAUUAAUAACAUGAAGCUGAAGUUAACUUUGUUCUUCUCUCUUGAUUAAACCUCCACAUAAAACCAAGAGGUUAUGUUGAAGUUUGCUUCUGCAGUCUGUGAUUUUUGUUUCUAUCACAAGUGGGUGGUGAAAUCUCAGUCAUUUUAAAGUUCAGUCAACAGUGACAGCCAAACAUUAAUCUCCAUGGAAACUCUGAAGUACUUAUGAGAUAAAACAUAAUGUUUUCUUAAAGUUGUCAUUGUUUUAAUUACAUUCACAGGCCCACACAUAAAAAAACAAAGACCAAGUAUUUCCAAUGCCUUUUGCUAAUGUUAUAGAAAUUAUUGAAUUAGAACCAUUUUCAGAAUUUAGGUUCUGUGUUAAAGCUGUAACAGAACAAAGGCAUCAUGCAAUUUGGUCUAGUAUCAUAUCUUCUCAUUGUGCUUGCACUAACCAAUCAAAAGAGGAAAUACAAUGAAACAGAAUAAUUAUUAUACACCGAUAGGUCACAACAUUAUGGCCAUCUGCCUGAUAGUGAGUAGGUCUCCUUCUCAUCAGUUCAGGGCUAAAACAGAUGGGACCCGACCACUAAAGGUGUGAUGUGGUAUCUGGCACCAAGACAUUUGCAGCAGAUCCUUAAAGUCCUGUAAAUUGUAAAGUGGGGCCUAUAUGGAUUGCAUAGGGGACAGCCUAGUUGUCCAGUGUAUCUCAAAGAUGCUUGAUAGGAUUGAGAUCUGGGGAAUAUGGAGGCCGAGUCAACACCUUAAUGUUUUUGUGUUACUCCAGGCCACCUUCUUCCAGCUAUGAGCAAGGCACUUUCAGUGGCAUACAGGGGUUAACGUAGGCCUCCUGAUUGGUCUGCAGCUUUGAAGCGCCAUAUGCACCAAGAUGAGCCUUUUAAACCAACUUGUUUGUGCUUAUAGUAACUUAGUUGCUGUUUUUUCUAAAAAAAAAAAAAAAAGCAUAACGUGACUGCACUCGUGCAUUGUGAAUAAAUGUUUUGAGAUAUUCUAAAAAGUACCUUGGUAAAUGGACUUGUACUGAUACAGCGCUUUUCGAGUCUUUCUGACCAUUCAAAGUGCUUUUACACUACUUGUCGCAUUCACCCAUUCACAAAACAUUCACUCACUGAUGGUAGAGGUUGCUAUAUAGUAAAGGGACCAUCAGUAUUAGCUAAUCUCAUUCAUACACAUACCACUGAAGAACAGUGGGAGCAAUUUGGGGUUCAUUGUCUGUCCAAGAACACUUUGGUAUGCUACUGCAGGAGCUGGGAUCAUACCGCCAACCUUCCGACAGAUAGACGACAGACUCUACCCACUGAGCCACAGUUUCCCAAUUUUGAACAUUUAAGUACUGUAUUUUUAAAGCAAGUACUCCUGUAAUUUAACCCAAGUAACAAUUUGACAGAACAACUUUCACUGUGUUGGAGUACCGUUUGACUAGGAGGAUCUAUACUUUGACUGGGUUAAUGAAGCUGUGUACUUUGUCCUCCACUGAGUAUAAGACAGAACUUAAAUAGCUCUAGCUCUCUGUGCCAUGUGAAGUCUGUAUAUGCUGCUUGUAAAUAAGAGGUUUGUAGUGGUUGGAGGUUGGAGCUGGGUAAGAUGGGUUAAUCCCUACAUUUCUAUAUUCACAUAGAAAAUGUGUGUUUGUUGUGUAACUGGUUUGUGCCACCCCUGUAGGUUUUGACACCACACACUCUUUAGAAAUGUUACUCUGGUGUUUUGUAUUUCUUACUUUAACUGAGAGCGGUGGACAGUUAGGCCUUUUUUGUUUGAUUUCUUUCAUUUGUCACAAUCCACCUUGCUUAAUCCUCCCCCACACUUUGAAACCUUUGUGCUUUUGUUUAUCAGAUGUUUUUGUGGUUGUACAAUAAACCCUUGAAUUUAGAUUGCACUGCUA